UUGUUCUCGGUCCCGUGCGUCACAGCUGCAUUUGAGCACGCCCCUUCCAGACGCUUGUUGAAUAGGAAUGACAAGGAAACAUGACAAGCGUUAAAGAUGAAUCUCAUAUACUGUUAUAACCGCACGCGCGCUCGCGUCCCUUUACAUCUCCACGCCAUCUGACUGCCGCUAUACCGCUGCAAAUCUGAACAGAGCCACGGGGAAAGCCGCUUGGGACCCAGCCAAAAAUUACAAAUGAAAGCAGAAACCCAGCCCUGCUUCGAUUACGCACCGAGAGAGGGAGCACGCUGAUAGUGACAGCGGCACUUCAACAGCUCAUCUGCGAUCGACAGUACGAUUCUUGAUCCGUUUUCUGCCGUGCAGCCUCGAAGGAUGUAGAUGUAGACCUCGGCCUGCUGUCUUUGGCAUGUUCGGUUUAACGGGACUUGACGCAUGUGGCUCGUUUGAACAGGCAAUGCCUUCCUUAGGCGUUUUGUGGCGCAAACUACAACAACCGCACGCGUGUGCCAGCGAUUCGUUGUUUUGCUUGUCUAUACGUGUGUUGAUAGUUUAAAAUGCCUAGGGUUUUGAUUUAAAUACUUUUGUACGGACGGGAAAUAGCGUAUUUGGCUGGGAGGAGUAAUAAGGAGCUCUAUCUACUCUUCGGCUUCCACGGCAAUAUCACGGAGGGUUAUUUUGAUGGAGCUGGAGAAUAUUGUUGCAAACACGGUACUCCUGAAGGCAAGAGAGGGUGGAGGAGGAAAACGGAAAGGAAGAAGUAAAAAAUGGAGGGAGAUCCUUCGUUUCCCUCAUAUCAGUCAGUGCACAGAGUUGAGCAAAACCAUUGAGCGGGACUACUUCAGCCUGUGUGACAAGCAGCCCAUCGGGGGACUUCUGUUCCGCCUCUACUGUGAGACCCGACCAGAGCUGCAGAGAUGCAUCCAACUCCUGGACGCCAUGGAGGACUACGAGGUGGCACCAGAUGAGAAGAGGAAGAGUCGAGGAGAUGAGAUCAUCAAGAAGUUUCUCACCAAGCAGUCCUCUGAGUGUGUAGAUGUAGCUGAAAGUCUUGCUGAAAGUUGCAGAGAAAAUCUAGAACUGAGCCCCUGCAAAGAGAUCUUCAGUGACUGUCGCAAAGCUCUUCAUGACUACUUAAGUGGUGCUCCUUUUGCUGACUAUCAGAACAGCAUGUACUUCGACCGCUUCCUCCAAUGGAAAAUGCUCGAGAGACAACCCAUCACAAAAGACACGUUUCGGCAGUAUAGAGUUCUGGGGAAAGGAGGCUUUGGAGAGGUGUGUGCGUGCCAGGUGAGAGCCACAGGUAAAAUGUAUGCCUGUAAAAAGCUGGAGAAGAAAAGGAUAAAGAAGAGGAAGGGGGAGGCCAUGGCUCUAAAUGAGAAACAGAUUCUGGAGAAGGUCAACAGCAGGUUUGUGGUUAGUUUAGCAUACGCAUAUGAGACCAAAGAUGCCCUGUGUCUGGUGCUGACCAUAAUGAACGGUGGUGAUCUGAAAUUUCACAUCUAUAACAUGGGAACCCCAGGCUUUGAGAAGGAGCGUGUGCAGUUCUACGCUGCUGAGAUCUGCUGCGGUCUGGAUCACCUGCACAGAGAGUCUAUCGUCUACAGGGAUUUAAAACCAGAGAAUAUACUUUUAGAUGAUAAUGGUCAUAUCCGGAUCUCAGACCUGGGGCUGGCCAUUAAAGUGCCUGAUGGAGAACAGAUCCGUGGCCGAGUGGGGACCGUGGGCUACAUGGCUCCAGAGGUGAUCAAUAACGAGCGCUAUAGCAUGAGUCUGGACUGGUGGGGAUUGGGUUGUCUGAUCUAUGAGAUGACCGCCGGCCGAUCGCCUUUCCGCGCUCGCAAAGAACGAGUGAAGAGAGAAGAGGUGGAGAAGAGGGUGCAGGAGGAGGAAGAGGAGUACAGCGACAAGUUUACAGAAGACACCAAAGCCAUCUGCAGGAUGCUGUUAGCCAAAGAUCCCAAGCAGAGGCUCGGCUGCCAGGCGGACGGAGCUGCUGGAGUCAAAGCCCACCCCUUCUUCAAGAACAUCAACUUCAAAAGGCUGGAGGCCGGCAUUCUGGAACCUUCCUUUGUGCCUGAUCCCAGGGCGGUCUACUGUAAAGAUGUUCUGGACAUUGAGCAGUUCUCCACCGUUAAGGGUGUCAACCUGGACCAAACAGACAAUGAUUUCUACUCCAAGUUUGCCACUGGCAGUGUCUCCAUCCCAUGGCAAAAUGAGAUGAUCGAGACGGAGUGCUUCAGUGACCUUAACGUAUUCGGGCCUCAGGGGACGCGGCCCCCUGACCUGGAUUGGAACCAGCCUCCCGAGCCUCCUCGGCGUAGCCUGCUGGACAGGAUCUUUAGGAGACAUGUGAGGAUCCCCUCCACCUCCACCACAGAGGAACACCCCAGAGAACACAAUAGUUAACUACAGACCAGCAUCCAGAGGUGACCAUCGCUCAAAGCCGGGUCUCGUCUUCCAGCGUCAACUCCGUUGACUCCAUGUCAAACUCUGCCCCCUAGUGGACAGAUUGCUUGCUGCGGGACUACAGGGAACAAAAGCGAGUGAACAACAAAAAGAGGAAAGAAUGAGAGUGAGGAACUUCUCCUGCCCUUUAAAGACCAGUCACAGAGCAUGAAAGAGUCCGUUUUCCUUGCCUUGGCCCUCACUAUCCAUCCACGGCCCGCCGAGAGGACAGGAGACAAAACAAGCUCCCGUUUAAAGACCUUUAUUUAUCCGUUUUGUGACAGAAAGGAGAACAUUUAUUCCUUCACCUCACGCUCCCUCAGGAUUGCUGGAACAGUAAAGAGCCACUGACAAUGACAGAAUAUUAACUCAUAUUAUUCAGGGGAUUUUAUCGACAAAGAAAGGCCUCCACAGGGAACGGGAAGGGGGCUUUUUAAAUGUUCUUUUGCAAAGGAAAGCUAACAUAGUGAACUUAAGAGACUACACACGCACUCACAAACACACACAACUUUCUCGUUCCAUCCCCCACGCAAUACCUACCUACCUACCUACCCCUUUUUUUCUUUCCGUCUACAUGUAACACCUCUAACCUCAACCCAUAAUGUGCAUUGCCUUGCAUACUCUCAGGCCAAAGAUAGCGCUUAUUACAAGAAGACACGUAUUUGAACAGCUGUUGCCAUAUUUUUCGCUUCAGAGAGUGACGAAAGGCCUAAAAGCACAAGGAAAUAGGAGCUCAGUUAAGCUGUACAUUGUUUCCCCCUAUUUAUUUAGCAAAUUUUGUAAUAUCACUGAAAAACAAACUCAGUCUGGCAGUUUCAGUCUCUUCCAGUCUACUGAAAGGCAUAGUUCACUCAAAAUUUGAGAAUUUUGUCAUGAUUUUCUCAUCCUCAUGUCAUUCCAAACCUGUAUGACUUUCCUUCUUCUGGUGAACAUAAAAGAAGAUAUUUUGAAGAAUGUUGGUAACC